AUGUUCUACCAAAAGUUAACCUUCACAAGUUUCACUUUGGGUCGGUUUACAUCAUUUACCACUGCCGGUUGCCCAGAUGGUACCCUGCAGCUGUCCGAGCUGGGUAGACCGCAAGUCGGGGGCGCGUGGUGCGGCACGCUGUGGAGUCCGGCGCACUUCUACAGCGAGACGCGCAGCGUAACGGCGAUCGUACGGCUCCAACACUUGUCGCGAGAAAUCAACGGCUACAAUUUUGACUUCAAGAUCGAAUACAAAAUGUUGCAAAAAGUCGAAGCUGUUGCUAGAUACGGAGGUGCCGUUCCAGACAUAAUUUUUGGUGAUUCCAAUGCUCCUCCACUACUGGCUCCAACGUUUUCGACAAUAUUUUCGAAACCACCAUCACAGCCGCAACUGGGACCACCCAAAGUAGCUGAGCCACUAUACCACCUUGGAGAACUCAUUCCUGGUACUUACUGUUCGCGAAUAUUUAGCGAUUGCGACCGAAAGGCUUGCCGUCUACAGAGCCCAAAUUUUCCGGGCGUUUAUCCUAGAAAUCUCACUUGUUAUUAUGCGGUCCGACAGCAUGACGUCCCGCCUGGUCAACACGCUCUGAUCAGUGUUCGUCAACCUCGAGGGCAGUUGAUUGCAAUACGAAGCAAUAGUGUUCUCCACGCCGCGCCAACAACCCCAGAAACCGAACACGUUGGAGAAGGAUCGAAACCGAAACGAGGCCUACGCGUAUGGAACGAAUGCGAUGAAGUACAGGAUUACGUUACAGUGUACGAUGGAUACACGACGAGAGACCCAGCAAUAUUACGAUUUUGCGGAGGUGAUGAACCUGUGCCUGAAGCAGUUUCAAGUGGGCCAGAGCUGCUCGUUGAGUUCACUAGUUCUCCGUAUGGCACUUUCUUACAUCCAGCGCCGCGUCAAAUUUUGCACGGAUUUCAGUUAGAAGUAGAGGUUCGCUUUGUGGAACAAGCCUCACCCACAUAUGCAAGUAACAAACGAACAUGUGAGUUUUGGUUGCGAGGUACCGGACGAGGGGUACUGGAAACUCCAAAGCACACGCUUAGUCCUAACACGACGUGUUUAUACCAUUUUCAGGGCUUAGACACGACAGUGGCUUCAAAUCCAUCCAGACCGUCAGCACGAUUUCCAGACAAUUUCUCGUGGCGUCUGGGGAGUGCAACGCUAUAGCCCAGAUAUCGCAUAUGGUUGUCCGUGCUUAAGUUUAUUGUAGGUUCAACCAUUGGUCCACCAAUACAAGAGAACGAUGUUUGUUCAAGCCGUUUAGAUAUUUGGGACGGACCUCUGAGAUCGCCACCAACGUGCAACGAAGUUCCAUGUGGUAACGAUAACUUGCCUAAAGUCGGCGGAAGCACUGGUCGCAAGCCACCAGGUAACGCAACGAUAUUGGCACGAUAUUGCAAGGAUCUGGUGCCGCGGAGUUGUGAUCACGGGCUUCUUCAGCAUGGCAGCGCACAGUUGCCUCGGCCGUGCAGCGAUUCAGAGAGUUUCUUCAGUAGUGCUGAUACUUUGACCGUUCAACUCAGCUUGAAGGAAUCUACAGCACUGAGGCCUCUGUUAUUUCGAAUCCAGUACGAAUUCGUCGACCUUCAUCAAGAUGGCGAAGCUUUUGGCACCGGCGCUUGCUACCGCAAAUUUGUAAGCCGUGCGAGGGAUAACUUAGAUCUAUAUCCUCAAACAUCUAAACGUGUUAGAUCUCCUCGAGAUGUUUUUCUAUUUGGCCGUGGCGGUGCGGAGAAUUUAGAUUGUCGUUAUCGUUUUGAGGCGCAGCGAGGAGAACGCGUAAAAAUAAUAUUAACUCGGAUUUCGACAAGCGGCCGAGCAUGUUUGACGCGCAUCGAUGAAUCGACUGGAUUAGCGGAGUGUUCUGGCGAUAAGUCGGCCACACUACGUUUAUACGAAAAUAUUUGGAACAAUGCCCCACCCAUUAGAAAAGGAUGUUUUUGUUCUCAAACAACUACUGGCGUGUCCAUGCCAUAUACGUUCAUAUCGGCCACUAAUGGAGCAGAAUUGAGAUUUUCUGCUAAAAAAAUGCGCGCUGAUGACGACGGCGAUACGUUAAUGUUUGAGGCAAGUUACGAAUUCGUCCGCAGUCCGCAAUGCACGGCCAACCGAAGGGUCAGCGGAGUCAGCGGCGAGAUGCGCUUCCGCCCGCCUGGCAGCGAUUCCAAAGACUUGAACUGUGCCUAUCAUCCCUGGCUAGUCGAACCGCAGCACAAUCGUUAUCUCUACGUUCGAGUGCCAGGAGUCCUCGUAGCUUCAGUGGACGAACACGAAUAUCCUCCCAACUCAACGGCAAUACCUAUAUCUUCACUCAUACCCUUAGUUGGCGUGAAUUGUGAAACAAGCAAUCGUAUCCUGGUGCAUGCUGGCCUAAAAAGAAUAACUGUGUGCCCAUCGGAAAACAGAAAUCAAUUUGUCGAUGUAUUUUCUGAUGGUUGGCCGCCACACAAACAUGUACCCACGCCUGAUCCAUUUUCGGAGAGACAUUUAUUGACAACACCCAGCACAGAAAUCAUCAUAGAGUUCCAUGGAGAAGAAAAUGCAGAGUAUGUCGUGACUUGGCUGGAGUUGACAAUGAGGCCAAGUGUAGAAACACUAUCAGAAAUGUUCGGCCUGGAUCCAGUCUGCCCAUACCGUUGUCCGGAGUUGGACGCUUGCAUAAGCGCUUCGUUGUGGUGCGACAACAUACCGCAUUGUCCAUCGGGCAGGGACGAAGCAUUUCUGACAUGUUCGCCACUAGUUCAUCUGCCCAUGCAGCAUGCGGUUAUUUUGGCAGGACUACUGUUUCUACUGUUGCUAAUAUUGUAUAUGAUGUGUAUCUGGUGCCGAAGAAGACGCAGGAGGAGGCGAUCGAUAUUGGAAGCAAGGUUAAAAAGUCUUUCGUCAUCGGAGACUCCGGUAUUCAAUGAAAAAGAAGUGAUUUGCUGA